UCUCUCUCUCUCUCUGUGUGUGUGUGUGUGUGUGUGUGCAGCAGUUCCUCAAGUGAACUUUAAAACGUCUGAAGCUCCAGGAACCCGCACAGGACGAUGAAUGUGUGGAAUAUCAUCUGCUUUUUGUCUUUUAGUGCUGCUGUCAAUCAAUGAGAUCUGCGUAUAUUCUGUGUGUAAGGGCUCUGUUAAGGUGACAUGAUGGAAGACUUCUGGGCUUCCUUCUUCCCUGUCCUCAUGAUUUGGUUUAAAUGUUUGGUGCUCUUGAUUAUGUUACCGGCCAUGUUCGGCAUCUCUCUUGGCAUCACAGAGACAUACAUGAAGAUUCUCAUCAAAACCCUGGAGUGGGCGACACAUAGAAUCCAGCGGGCAAGCAGAGCAGAAGAAAUACUCAAACAUUCUUCAUCCAAUGGUGGUUUGAUCCAGCGAGAUGACUCCUCUUUAGAGCAGGAGAUCGAGGAGUUGAGACGGAACAGACCGAAGGCGGCGGAGCAGGGAGACUUUACUCUGAGCGAUGUGCUUUACUUUACCAGGAAAGGCAUUGAAAGCAUCGUGGAGGAUGACGUCACGCAGAGAUUCACUUCAGAGGAGCUGGUGUCCUGGAAUCUUCUCACCCGAACAAACAACAACUUUCAGUACGUCUCAGUCAGACUCACUAUACUGUGGGGAGUCGGUGUGAUUUUGAGAUACUGCAUACUUCUUCCUCUGAGAGUCACACUGGCAGGUAUAGGCAUAAGUUGGCUGGUGAUUGGCACGACUCUUGUGGGUUUUCUCCCUAACUGCAGGGUGAAGGGUUGGCUGAGUGAACUCGUCCACUUGAUGUGCUACAGAAUCUGUGCGAGAUCGCUGUCAGCAACCAUUCAUUACCACAAAAAACAGAACAGACCAAAGAAGGGAGGAAUAUGUGUGGCCAAUCACACUUCACCCAUUGAUGUCGUCAUUCUGGCUAAUGAUGGCUGUUAUGCUAUGGUCGGGCAGGUUCACGGUGGUUUAAUGGGCGUCAUCCAGCGGGCCAUGGAGCGCUCGUGUCCUCACAUCUGGUUUGAGAGAGCCGAGAUGAGGGACCGCCACCUGGUGACACAGAGGUUAAGAGAUCAUGUUAAUGACAAAACAAAACUCCCAAUCCUUAUAUUCCCUGAAGGAACAUGCGUCAACAACACCUCAGUAAUGAUGUUUAAAAAGGGCAGCUUCGAAAUCGGAGGAACUAUUUACCCCCUGGCCAUAAAGUACGACCCUCAGUUUGGAGAUGCAUUUUGGAACAGCAGCAAGUAUAACAUGGUGAGUUAUCUGCUGCGGAUGAUGACCAGCUGGGCCAUCGUGUGCAACGUCUGGUACAUGCCUCCCAUGACACAGGAGGAGGGAGAGAAUGCUGUGCAGUUUGCCAACCGAGUGAAAUCCGCCAUUGCCCAACAAGGCGGUUUAGUGGACUUGGCCUGGGACGGAGCUUUGAAGCGAGGGCGGGUGAAGGAUUCCUUUAAAGAGCAACAGCAGAAGAUGUACAGUCACAUGGUGGUGGGAGACGACAGUAGCGACUAAUACAGAACAGAGAAGCUUGGAGGUUCUCAACCGUCAAUCACAGACUGUGACUGAAAACCAAUGAUCAAAGGGCUUGAUAUUCUCAUCGGCCAAUCAGAGGCUUGGAAAUCCACUCACAAAAGACAUUUUGAAAUAGGAAAAUAUAAAUAUGCAUGAAAACCGAGGCUGCAAAAUAUCAGCUUUAUGCAUAAAUCAUUUUUUUUUUUCGUCAGAUGUUUUUAUCCUACAGACAUCAUCUCUGUUCUACAGGCUGUACUGAAUCAUAGAACCUAGAAGCCAAAGCACUGAUGUAAAUAACCUACAGUAUAAUGACAUCAAGAAGUCAUUGUAAUUUUAAUGAUAACUCAAACAGGGGUGAAAAACAAAUGAAUGAAUAAAACCUUGUUUUUUCAAGAAAUGCCCUUUUUAUGGUUUGCUCAGCUUUUGAAUAAAGAGUUUUAUUUACCAGUG